AUGGUGUUGGGCUGCUGAGCAAUAUAAUGUACAGGAUAAAACAUUGUUUCCUCAUUGUGACCAGAAAGUCAGUCCCAGUACAAAAAAGGAAGCACUAGGUCUCGUCACUUCCAAAAAAUCAAGCCAAUGCCACCUGAGUCUGCAACACUCAGCCGGCAAGGUUUUUUGGGACCAGCAAAAAGUAGUGAUGGCAGGUUUUCUGCUAAAAAGUACCACUAUAAUAAGGACCUAUUAUGCCAACUUGCUGGAAACAAUAACGGAAGCUAUCGAAAUUGACAGGUGUGGCAUGCUAUCGGAAUGCAUUGUCCUCUUGCAGCGCUAUGCUCCUGCUCACAACUCAACUGCAUGUUGCGCAAAUGGAAGCAAAGUUCUCUGAAUAUUAAAUUAUUUACCAUUCCCCGUGCUCUCGGACCUUGUGCCCUCGGGCUUCUGUCCCUUUUCAUUUGAAGUUCUUUUUGAAAAGAAAGCAGUUCUUGAUGACGUUUAUUGCUGAAGUCAAGUCAUAUGGCCUCCUUGUCAAGUCGUGGCCCCAAGGCGAACUUCUACAAGAGUGCCAUUGUACAAAUAAUGCCAGAAGUGUGCCAGUGCCUUUUGCUCGGCUGAAAAGUGGGUCAAGAGAAGUCUUUAUUGAACGCUCGUGUUUUUGACGAAAAAACAUGGCUAUGCAGAUGGGUACAUGAUGUGCUUGAGUAGAGCUGGAUUUGCAAAUUUAAUGUAUCGGUCACAACAUUGUGUUAUUUGAGAACAUAUAGCCUUGGGUUCUGUUCAACUGCUUUGCAUGCAUCCAAUCUGUGGGCGCACAAAAUUCGGUGGAUGAGUCGCGGUAUGAUUCACAUUCUGUGCUUUACAUACAAAAUUAAUUCCACCUUCAGAAAGACGGCUUACUGAUUCCAGAACAAUGUUAAUCCUGGUCAGCAGGAAAUCCUCUGGUCGCGGGAUGCGGCUGAACUGAAGUUAGUGUGCACCUGACCCCUGAGUUUGGCAACAGACUUCUACCACACCAGUCAGAACUUCGCCGCAAAAAGGUCCGAGUAGAAUGUUGAACUGGUCCCGUGCGUACAAGUUGUAUCCACUUGACUGUCCGACUGGUCCCGGUAAAACGCUCUCGCUUGAGCUACCGCCGCCAAAUUCCUUUGCAGAAUUUUGAUAGGCAGGUGGGCCGAUAAGUAAAAAAAAAAUAAAUAAAUAAAAAACAGAAGAAAGAAAUGGUGUUGGCAAAAUUUGCUUCCGGCGUCGCCGCAGUACUCGCUUGUUUCAAAACGCCCGCCGUACUGCGCGCCCGGAUUCGGAGCAGGAUACCUGCCCCACCCCCUCUGCGUACAUUUCUUGAACGACUUGCAACCGUGGCUGAAUGCCGACGUUGUAGAUUGUGGUUGCGCUGUUUGGCGCGAAGAGGGUCGAGGUGCCUCUUUACCGUAUACGCUGGUUCCAAUAGAGAAUUGAGAUAGUUAACGCUAAAGUCUGGCUAUCCGGUUGUUUCGGUUUUGUGGCGCCAUUCGAGUGAUUUCCGGGCAGCCGCUACGGGAAGCCGAACAACGGGGCAUCUGUCAUCUAAUUAGACGCAUUUGUGCCUACUGAGCGAUGCUGCAGAUUAUCUUAGCUUAUUGAAAUUCAGGAGCUGACCUCUGGCUUGUCUGCAUCCUAAAAGGAUUUGGAGCAGAAGUAAUGGCAGCCUCACUUGCAUUACAAGAGGACCAGAUAGAGUGGUCCUUGCUGCUUGAGGCCCUUGUGUGUGCGGCUGAGAAGGGAGCCCAGCUGGCCAGGGCGUGCCGUGCAGAGGGGCCUCUGUUCCAGCUUCUGGUUGAGGAGAAAGCUGGCCCUGAAAGAAACCCACGCUUCGUGCACGAUUUCAAAACCUUGGCCGAUGUGCUAAUCCAGGAGAUGGUGCGACAUGAUCUCUCCUGCCUGCAUCCCGAGCUUGGCAAGUCUUUGCGGGGAGAGGAGAGCAACAAAUUCACAAGCAGCCAGGGUGAGACCAUAUGCGUGGAAGUGCAGUCAACACAAGAGGAAACAGCGCGACUCUUGGAGCGUGUGCUUGAUGGGAACACUGCAGCAGCAAGAAAGCUGGCCCAUAUUGUGCACUCAAACCCAGAGGUUUGCGAAGGCACAGAGCUCAACAAUUGCCCUGUGGCCUGUGUUUCCUCUCUUGGAAUAUGGAUAGACCCUAUCGACUCUACAUCUGAAUACAUUGGUGGCAAGUGGGGUGAUGAAGAUGAGGGGAGCAGCAUUAUUAGCUCAGGUCUGCAAUGUGUCUCUGUGCUGAUUGGCGUUUAUGACCGUGGAACUGGCCUACCAGUCGCUGGUGUUGUAAAUCAACCCUUUCAUCACCUGGACGACCUUAACAGGCCUGUAGGACGUUGCUACUGGGGCGUGGCUCUGGGUGCACACCAGUGGCACAGCCGGCAAUUCUGUGAGGAUGAAGACCCCGAUCCGCUGCGAAGGCGCCACCAUCCACGUGUGCUACUCAGUGCCAGUGAGAGCAGUGCCGUCGUUCAAGCCCUGGAAGCUGCCGGCUGUGAAGUGCGCUUUGCUGCGGGCGCCGGAUACAAGCUGCUGUGUGUGGCACUGCUGCGUGCCGAUGCAUACCUUGUCACACAGGGCACGACUUUUCGCUGGGACACAUGUGCACCGCAUGCCCUGCUCCUGGCUCGAAACAUGGGCCUCUUUGCGGCUGUUGAAGAGGCUGGCGUUCCUUGGUGUGUGCCUGCACCUGUCAGCUAUGCUGAUCCCGAUGAGGAGCUCUGCAACAAAGUGUCUGGGGCCGCUCUCUGGCGCAACAGCCGGUGUCUGUUUGCCUGCCGCAACUCUUUCAACUCGAGGCUAGUUUUCGAUGCACUCAGAGCGUCUUCUGUUAAAGUUACAAGUGGGGUGUCGUGAGCAGUUGUCGCAUGGGCCACCAUGGUCGGUAUCAGAAGCACACACAAAUCUUUGCGUUCACCACAUUCCUGUGGCCAGACUGUGGAGAAGUCUUGCUAGAGUGUGUACUUUUAAAGCGGCCUGGAUAAGGUAGCUUGGUAGCAUUAGAUUUCAUACAGAUAAUGCUGAAAGGAUGAAAAUGAAGAUAGUUUAGCAAGUUGCAGUUGGCGUGCACAUGAAAAAAGUGAGACGGAGUUGCAAAUGCUGCAAUUGUGAGAAAUCUGCGAUGUCAUGGUUUACUGAAUCUGAAAGACUGCAUUUUGUUAUCUACAACUGUCGCCUAGUAUUUCUUCGCAGAUUUGCCUGAUGGCUACAACACGUUGACUUAUAUAACAGUGGCGAACUUCAGAUGCUUAUCUGGACUUAGCUCACAGCAUAUGUUUUUUAGAGCAGUUCAGUAGAUGUAACUGUGGAGAUGUUUAGAGCCAUGAGUGUUUCCUUCACUAGUUGGCUAAGCAGAUGGAAGUGGAGAUGGUGGUUGCAUGCAUUAUAGACUGCACUGUUUAGUUUGUAUUGUAUUGUUGUUAAACUUUUUGUUCAUCAAAUGCAUUUAACAGCAAAGUUGAUGUUCAAUUCUAGGCUUGCAUAUCUUGCUCCUUGUUAGCAGCUAUGCAGUGGCAGAAGAUGAAAAAUUGGUAGCAAAGAUAAUGAACAGGACAGAUAUGUAAAACAGUAAUAGUGAUACUGUGAUGCACAGAGUGUGGGAUGUGGCAUUUUGUUGUCACAAUUACCAGUAACUGCAUUCAGUGCAUAUGUUCGUGAAACAAAUAGGACUGAUCAGCAUGUCCAGGAAUGUUGCUUAAGGAAGCGUAAGGGUAAAACAGGUAUAUUUCAAGCAUCAUGCUCUGCUGUUCUUGAUAACUUACUUUUGCUUGUCUUGUUUGGCUUACAAUUUAUUUUUCGCCAGGUUUGUCUGUCCUACAAUGUUGCUGCAUUAUUAGCAUUUUCGUUAUGGGUUCAGGUUAGGAUUUCAAGCUACAUAAAUUUAGCUUGUCAUAUUUAUUGCGAGGAAAGAAGUGUUAUUUUAAUCUAUAAUCUGUUUUACAACUAAUACUGGCAUUGAACGAGAAAGAAGUGACACCAUAAGAGUAACUAUAUAAGAGUAGCAAACACUCAGAAAUUAUUUUUAAACAUGGAGGAAAUUAUACCUGUCACCUUCUGCGGUGGCUUAGUGGCUACGGUGUUCUGCUGCCAAGAACGAGGUCACAGGUUUGAUUGGUGGCCAAAAUGGCCUCUUUUCAGUAGCGACGAAAUGCAAGAACAUUUGCAUACUUAGAUUUACGUACACUUUAAAGAAACCCAAAUGGUCAAAUUUGAUCCUGAGCCCUCCACUACAGCGUCCCUCAUAACCCACUGUGUCGUUUUGGGACGUUGAAGGCCAGUGUUAAAAAUAUAUAUAUAUACUUGUCAUUAGUCAUAUCUGAAACAUUGCAUCAAGUCCUGUGCCAAGAAGUGUUUACUUGCCGUGGCUCCUUCGAAAGGCCCAGCCAGUAAGUGCUGGACUUGUAACGAAACUGCGUACUGCAUUUCUAAUUUUAACUAAACUCAGGAACAUAAAGGGAACAAGGAAACCGGGCAGUGUCCGCUUAUGUUUCCAAUGCGCAUAUAUACAGAGUUCACAUUAGCUGUGGUAGACAUCAUUCCAUGUACAAGGAAGCAUGCAUUUUCACGAUUGCAUAAGAGAAAUUAUGAAAGUCGUGAAAUGCAGUGUAUUUAGUCUCGCCAGGUCCUUUUUUUCUAUUGACGGGUGUGCGUCUACGCUUCUGUUAUGUAAACAGUAGCAUAACACAGUCUGCGAAUAUCACAGCGCAGGACUUGUACAAACAAUCUGCAUGUACAACCAGUCGUAUUUUCUAUAAUCAGUCAUAUUAACAUUCACUAGAGGUGGCCAAAUUUUUCUUUUUCACUGUUUAAAGGACACUAAAAAGAACAUAUAAAAAAAGAAACAAAUUUGACUCAAAGUGGCAGGUUAUUCUUCCAGAACUCUUGUCUGCAUUACUGUGACAGAAAGAGCCUUAUGUCGUACCGAAAUUGUGCCACUGACGAUGUCAAGGCGAGGUCACGGGUUGUUUAUUAGUUCCAACAUUUUUGGGUCCCCUUUACUGGAGAAAGAAAAGUCUUCACUAGUUACCGCAUUGAGUCUGAUAUUUCCUUGCUUUUUAAUGCAAUGUUGUCGAUAAACCGUUAUCAUUUGAUAGGCUGUUACCAGUUCUCAAUUGUAUGCUGCCGAAAUCAAUGAUGCCUUGGGGAGCUGGUACGAGAAUGAAAGAGUUGCAUCACCAUUUCUGAUUUUGCAUUAUCUCUGACUGACCAAGCUUCCACUUAUGGUAACACAGUCCUAAUUGCAAUACCAGAAGUCUUAUCUACCAGUCUAAUUAAUCUAACCAAACUUAAUAUUUCAUGUUUCUAUUUAGUGUCCCUACCGCAGGGAUGGCCUAGCGGUAGAGCAUCCGCCUCGUAUGCGGGAAGGUACCGAGUUCAAAUCCCGGUGCCGCCGGGAACCCACCGGUUUUUCUAAUGGGUAGAGAUGUCCCCUGGCCUGGUGCUCGGCUGUCGUGGGGGUCCACAUCUCGAGAGAGGGCCCAAUAGAGAUUUCAGCUCUUGUCUCUGGGCGCCUCUUGUCCAACCACAGAUGGCCUUGUAGACGAGCCUCCGCCGCGGCUGUGGGAGGCAAGUGCUGCCGCCGGGCACCUACCGGUAAAAUAGGUACAAGCGCGCUCCCGGCCUGGUGCUCGGCCAUUAUGGGACCUCAACGCUUGGAAAGGGGUGUUUGACCUCAACGCGAAGGCGGCCCCUACCUCAAUACUUGGGGUGCCACAUGGGAAAUGACCGCCAUGGGAGUGGCCCAGACAUCACUUUUUUUCCGUGCUCACGUUGGUUUCGACGGGAAUUCAGGACGCAGGCUCCUUUCCCGAGCGCAUGACCCCAGAAGAAAGCCGAACGCCAGGCCGGGGCGCGCUUGUACCCAUUUGAACCAGUGGGUGCCCGGCGGCGGUGGGAAUCGAACCCAUAGCCUCCCGCAGCCGAGGCGGGCGCUCUACCACUAGGCCACGGCUGCGUAAGUAGGACAAACAACACCAAAAUUGAGAAGAGCCUCGAAGCUAUGUGGAUGUUGACAUUGGCUGCCAAAGAGCAUAGAAAUCAGUUUAGCUGCGUGUUGAAAGCGGAGUGGUAAGUAAAAUAGUUUAAGCACAACAAGGUCCAUACUGCAUUGUAGCAUUUUAUUGAUGCUUUUAGCUCUUGUGUGUGUGUUCUCUGGAGAUUUCUGUGAAUUGAGGAUGAAGCUCCACAAUUAUUGCCUGUAUUAAUGGCAUCAGUCAUACUUUUAA